UCCUCUGUGAUUGGCUGUAGGACUUGCUGGAGGAAGAGCUGGUGUUGGAGGUGGGAGGGAGCUCAGUGCGUCUGGUGUUACUGAGUCACGCUGAGCCCUGGCUACUGACCUCCACAGAGAGGCAGAGAGACCGGCCACACCAAGCCCAGCGAGGAGCCUCUGCCUUUGGGGACAGAAAGCACCACAACCCCCUCCUCCGCAAGAGAAGAAUGGUGGCCCCCAGAGAGCAGGAACCACGUAGUAAGAGAGGGAGAAGAGAAACGCUGAUGGAGGAAGAGGAGGUUGAGAAGAGGGAGGAGACACCGGAGGAGGAGGAGGAGAAGAGGGAGGAGACACCGGAGGAGGAGAAGGAGAAGAUGCAGCCUGAGAGAAAGACAGGAACGAGACUGCAGAGGAGAGAUGGAUGAAGAGAAGAGAGGAGGAGGAAGGGAAAGAAGAAGAGAGGGUACAAGAGGAACCAUCAUCUACCAUUGAGACAGAACAGAGCACAGUGGGCGACGGCGAGAAGCCAUUUUCAUCUCUAGCUGAGGAAGAGGAUGGUGAAGCUAGCGGUCUGCGUGAGGAAGAGGAUGGUGAAGCUAGCGGUCUGCCCGAGGAAGAGGAUGGUGAAGCUAGCGGUCUGCGUGAGGAAGAGGAUGGUGAAGCUAGCGGUCUGCCCGAGGAAGAGGAUGGUGAAGCUAGCGGUCUGCCCGAGGAAGAGGAUGGUGAAGCUAGCGGUCUGUGCGAGGAAGAGGACGACAGCGGCGGCGUGUGUGACGUGUCGUUUGUCAGUCGUCCGUGGCGUAUCGUGGACGGCAGUCUGAACAGGCCGGUGUGUAAAGGCAUGCUGGACGCUGUCCUCUACCACAUCAUGACCCGGCCUGGUUUACCAGAACACGUCUUACUGGAACACUACAGAGGGGUCUUGCAGCCAGUGGUGGUACUGGACCUCAUGCAGGCCCUCGUUGAGUUGGGCUGUAUCAAGAAGAAGUACAUGACCAGGCGUCCCAAACCCUCCCUCUUCUCCCGCCCAGCCGCCGUCCUCAUGGUGGGGAGGAGAGAGAGGGAGAGAUGGGGUGAGGCUGGAGGAGACGGGGGGGUGAGGCUGGAGGAGACGGGGUGA